GUAGCCUGAAGAUCCUCUCUGACUCCAAGGAUGAUCAGGUAGAUCAGGUAGACCAGGAUUCCGAUGAGUUUAUCUUUCUAUUGAAGCUUCCUAAGGUGAGCGAGGACAUUAAGUCAGGGGUGAAGAAACCAACCAAGCGUGACAUAUUAAGAUUGACGAUGUCCAUUUUUGAUCCUUUGGGUUUCCUCUUAUAUGUGACAGUGAAGGGGCGAAUUCUCCUGCAAAAUAUCUGGAAAUCCAAAAUCAGCUGGGACGAUGAAAUCGAAUCGACUAGUUUCAAGGAAUGGCAGUUAUGGUUGUUGGAAUUACAAAAGGUCAGCGACUUUAGACUUCCUCGUUGGCUUUUUACUGACAUGUGUGACAAACAAGCUGACUUAGAACUUCACAUUUUUUGCGAUGCAAGCAGUAAGGCUUAUGCGAGCGUUGCAUAUCUACGCGUCAAGAUGUCAGAUGGUAGUUGGCAUGUAGCUUUCGUCUUGGCACGUGCUCACGUCGCACCACUCAAAGUAAUGAGCAUACCUCGCCUCGAGUUACAGGCUGCCUUGCUGGGUGCUAGACUAGCUCACACUUUGAAGCAACACUUUGAUGCAAGCAUAACACUUUGGUCUGACUCUAAGACUGUUCUGAGCUGGCUUCGUUCUGACAGCGGUCGUUUUAAGCCUUUCGUUGCCCAUCGUGUCAGCGAGAUCUCCGAGUUAACCGACGUUAAUCACUGGAGGUGGGUACCGUCAGGCCUAAAUGCAGCAGACGAUGCAACUAGAGAGACAGUUACCGAGGAUAAUACGAGAUGGUUAUAUGGACCACAGUUUCUCCGGGGGUCCAAGGAAUUCUGGCCGUCUGAAGAAACUAAAUUUGUUAUUGAUCCUGACGACGUUGAGGUGAAAACCAUCUUAGUUUUAACUGAAAUGCCCGUUAAUCUGCCUGACGUCAGCCGAUUCUCAAAGUUUUGGAGGCUAAUAAGAAGUACCGCGUGGUUCUACCGCGCUGUAUGUAACUGGAUUCACAAAGAUAACAGAAAACGAGGUGAAUUGACAGCGGACGAAGUUAAAGAACAACACGUGUGGACAAGUGGACAAAGAGAGCUCCCUACGCCAAUCCCAAUGUUAGUCAAAGUAGGUCGUCAUCGAGAGAAGAGAUAUGGAGCUCUUUUCACCUGUCUUACGGUUCGAGCUAUCCAUAUUGAGGUGACACAUGAUUUAUCGACAAGCAGCGCUAUCAUGGCCAUCCGACGUUUCAUUGCUCGUCGUGGUUGCCCAAGACAAAUAUGGAGUGACAAUGCCACCACUUUUAAAGGAGCCGACCGUGAGCUGAAAUUGUCCUUGGCGCCCUUGGACAAAGGCGAACUAACUAGAUUCGGAAGUACAAGGGGUAUUGACUGGCACUUUAUCGCCCCUAACGCCCCUCAUAUGGGAGGUUGUUGGGAGCGAAUGGUGCGCUCUGUUAAGACUGCUCUCCGUGUCACUCUAAAAGAAACAGCGCCGAGUGAUCAAGUUCUGUCAACACUCCUAGCGGAGACAGAACAUUUUGUAAAUAGUAGACCACUAACGUAUGUACCUAUUGACAAGGACGACGACUUACCUUUAACUCCGAAUGACUUUUUGAUGACGAAGACAAAUGACAUGGACCAUCCUUUGAGUACCUUUGACGACGGUGACAUACUGCGACGAUCCUGGCGUCACUCCCAGCGGCUAGCCGACCUUACCUGGAAACGUUGGGUAAAAGAGUACCUACCAACUUUGACAAGACGAGACAAAUGGUUUCGACAAGAAACACGACCAUUAAUGACUGAUGACGUUGUAAUUGUAACUGACGAUCAACUCCCACGAAACCAGUGGCCCAAAGGACGAGUGACGGCAGUGUAUCCUGGGAAGGACGGCAAGGUUCGAGUAGCUGACGUGCUGACUUCGACCGGACUCUAUAAGCGACCAGUGACAAAACUGGCCAGACUAGACGUCCGCGCUUAGGCCACGCCUGAAGUAUUGGCUUCCAAUACUGGAGGUGGGGAUGUUGCGGCCUCUUUGACCGGUUUUAUCGCUGGCCGCUAAGACAUUCGACAAUUAAAACUGACAGCUUGGGACAAAACAAAAGGACUUAGACAAAAGACCGAUGAGAAGACGGACAUAGUUUUGAUGACUAAUUUUGCCUUUUAAUUUUUAAUACAUUUUGACGACAAAUUCGGACCCUUUGACCUAAAAGGCGGUCCAUCGACC